AUGUCUCGUGAGGAAUUAAUUGAACCAGAAUCACAAACCUCAUCUUCGCCAACUGAACAACGAGACAACUACAUGACAAUGACAGCGGCCAGAAAAGCCACAACACUACCCCAAACUUCUCAACAAGUAACGUCAAGCACAAACUCAAAUUCAAGUCAAGAAGCGAGAACUCUUAUGAACAUAAAACAAAGCCAAGAUAAAGACAUUACUAAUAGCUCUACUCAAAAUGAUAAAGACAUUAGCAAAUUGCCUCCAUAUGCUUCUGCAGAAGACAACAGCAGUGUUACGAGCACAGACGCCAAUUGUACGAAUUCCGAUGAUGCGACACAAGAUAGCACAUCCACAAAAAUUAGAAGAUUAAGUGGUUCACAAAAUCAACGAUCUACCAAAUCAUUCCCGCGCAACAAUUCUCAACGCCAACUUCCGUAUACCAGCGGCAAUAAUUGUAAUCCAAUUCACACCGUUACUUCCGUCUACCCAAAUGGUAUCACGGCGCCAAUGUACGAGGAUAUGUCUCAUGGUCUAUAUCAUAACCCCACGUUCAUGCCAGUUGCGUCGCCUUACUUUACUCCUCAAUUCUUUCCUCCCAACGGACAAUAUUUCUAUGAUCCUCAGUAUAACAGGUUUCCGCGGCCUCCACAAACUCCGCCAACUUACGUCCGCUCAAAUGUAUACUCAUACCCGGCCAUGCCCAUGGUCCCAACAUUACAUCUUCAGCAGUUUCAAACACCCCCACCGUUUUUGUUUCAUCAACAACCAGCUAGAUAUCAUCCUGUUCAUAGUGCUGCUGGUGGUGAUUCAGGAUUUUCUUCGCGAAGAAGUUCCUUAGAUCCAAAUAGAACACCUGAAUUCGGUCCACAGCAUUCGCAGAGAAUGCAACAGAAAAAACCCAAACAAUUGGAUAAAGCAUUAUGGGUUGGCAAUUUGCCAGAUACGACUACGCAGGAAGAGUUGAAAGAAUUUUUUGCCGAUGAAAAUAUGGAGAGCGUGUUCCUGAUCAAAAAGUCUAACUGUGCUUUUGUGAACUAUAAAACGCACGAAGCAGUUGAUGAAGCUGUACAAAAGUAUAACGAAUGUGAAUUCAAGGGCAUAAAGCUAGUCUGCCGACCCAGAAAGCAAACGGCUGCUGACAUAAAGGCCAAGACGAAUCCACAGAUCAACCCGUCAUCGGAAAAUACUCUAUCACGCACGCCAUCCGAAACCGCAUCGACAACAUCCUCUUCCGCUCGAUCACAACGUUCUUCCUUCCCUCUGCGUCAAAACUUCAGACAAUCAUCUAUCGCGUCUAUGUCCCCGGCUUCCUCAGUAUCUUCAACUAAACAACAGUCACCAAACCGAUAUUUCAUUCUCAAGUCAUUAACCCAGGAUGAUUUGGACAUAUCUGUGCAGAGUGGCGUAUGGGCUACACAACCACACAAUGAAGCAGCGUUGAAUAAAGCUUAUAAGACUGCAGAGAAUGUGUUUCUGAUCUUCAGUGCAAACAAAAGUGGAGAGUUUUACGGCUAUGCCAGAAUGGCAAGUCAUAUCAAUAAAGAGGCUACUGAGUCUAUUCAAUGGACGCCCAUCGAUGAAGCAGCACUAGCAGCUUCCUCUUCGCGCCCGUCACCAUUGCCGUUUACACGUACAAGACAUCUUCGUAAUCCAUGGAACGCCAACAGGGAAGUAAAGAUCAGUAGGGACGGUACAGAAGUUGAACCGGUAGUUGGGGAGCGGUUGCUUGCCGAGUUCCAUAGGGUACCCCUCACAACUCCUGCUCAAACGUCUUAUGGAGCAUUACCUGGACCUCUGUUGGCUCAGCCGUUGAAUAUUGAUAACCAGCAUAUCGAAAACUGUCAAGAGAGAAAGUCUUCAGCUCAACCUGGGACUAUUACUCCAAUACAAACUCCAAUAACCUCCAUGAUGGACCCUAGUUUUAUACAAACGCCACAGGGAGCUUUCUUUGCUCCCACAUAUUGGCCCCCGCAACCAAUUUUGGUACCGCCUUAUGCUGGACCUGCACCCACUACUUAUCUUACCACUGCGCAGUCCGGCUGGUCUACAACUGCAAAUAAAGAUCAUCCGAGUACAAUGAAUCGAGCGCAACCACCUGUUCCUACAACCGUUGUCGGAAACGCUACAGUAAUGACUCCUAUUAUGCCAAUCGAGCAGCAAUACGUUGAGGCGUCGACACCACCAAAUCACACAACUCAUUAUAAUAACAACAAUGCUGUUUCUCAUUCUCACCUUCAAUCAACGCCUGCUACCUGUUCUCCAUUUCAACAAUCUAGUGCGUCUCCAGUGCACUAUUAUAGGUCUGUUGACGAUUCUACAGUUGAAUCAUUGUCAUAUCAAACACAACGACAGUCCUUAGAUGAUGACGAGGUUUUCGAUGAUAAUCUGAAGAUGGAAGCCAUUAGCAGUAGUGUUUAA